UUUUAAUCUCAAUUCUGUUUAUAUAUAUCUUCCAUUAUCAGAAAUAUUCAACAAGAGCAUGUUGGAACACCAUUUACAUCGGAGUGAUUAUUCAAGACAUUCAAUGGCUCACAUUCAAUUAUUAUUCAUUACCAUUUCAACAAGAGCUAAAUUCCAGCUUUCCCUCAUGUUAUAAUUGUGUUUCAUUUACAAAAAUCAAUAGAUUUGUUUAAAGGGAACAAUCACUCCAUAUUUAAGCAUUCUAAAAUACAAAAUAAACGCACAAUAAGCUAGAAAAAUUCAUGUCCAUUAAUAAAAUACAUGAUAUACUUUGGUAUUCUGUUCUGUGGUUGGUAACUAUUACUAUAUAAAUGAAUAUUAAUCUUGAUUUACUCUAAUCAACCCAUGUAAAUAACAUAUUUGGCUUCUUUAUUUUACAUUAAACAUCAAAAACCGUCUUGGUCAGCUUAAAAUGGUCCAUACAGGCUUAAAUGAAGUAGUUGGUGGGAUUAUGAGCAAUUUUGUUUUUAUUUAAAUUUUUGACAACACUGUAUAGUUAAAAGUUAACUUGACAGAAAAACUCAUAUUUUCAUAUGUUACAUUUCUGAAAUCGGGUAAUUAAAUAAAUACUUAUUAUUAUUAAGAUUAUUAUUGUUGUUGUUGUUGUUAUUAAUAUUAUUAUUAUCAUCAUUAUUUUAUUGGUUCUAAAAUUAAUGUUUAAAAAAACGAUUAAAAAGUUCAUGUUUCUUCCGCUAUGCAUUUUGGGAAGUUGAGUCAUAGUUUGUUGUUGUUGUCACGUGACGCUAGCUAACAUCCGCACCGAUUAGCUCCGGAUAGCGGCUCCGGAGGAGCGGGGAUCCUGCAGAGAUGAUGAGCGGAAAGACGGUCAUAGUGACCGGAGCGAACAGCGGCAUCGGGAAGGCCACGGCGGCCGGGAUCGUGCGGCUGCGGGGCCGGGUGAUCAUGGCCUGCCGGGACCUGACCCGAGCCGAGGAGGCGGCCCGGGACAUCCGGCUGCAGACCGGCGCGGACGGCUCGCUGGUGGUGGUCCGGUAUCUGGACCUGGCCUCGCUGACCUCCGUGCGCGCUUUCUGCCAAGGAAUCAUAGAGGACGAGCCUCGCCUGGACGUUCUCAUCAACAACGCCGGCGUGUACCAGUGUCCGCUCACCCGGACGGAGGACGGCUUCGAGAUGCAGUUUGGGGUCAACCACCUGGGUCACUUCCUCCUCACCCACCUCCUGCUGGACCUCCUGAAGCGUUCGGCGCCCAGCCGCGUCGUGGUGGUCUCCUCCAAACUCUACAAGCACGGCGACAUCAACUUCGAGGACCUGAACAGCGAGCAGUCCUACGACAAAGCCUUCGCCUACGGCCGCAGCAAACUGGCCAACCUGCUGUUCACCUGCGAGCUGGCCCGGCGCCUGGAGGGCAGCGGCGUGACGGUGAACGCGUUGACCCCCGGCAUCGUCAGGACCAACCUGGGAAGGCACGUGCAGGUCUCCGUGGUGGCCAAGCCCCUGUUCAACCUGCUCUCCUGGGGCCUGUUCAAGACCCCCGAGGAGGGGGCGCGCACCUCAGUGUACCUGGCCUCCAGCCCGGACGUGGAAGGCGUGCGGGGAAAGUGCUUCGCAGAUUGCCGGCCUCAAGUCCUCCUGGACAAAGCCACGGACCAGCGGGUGGCCAGCAAGCUGUGGGACAUCAGUGAGGUCAUGGUGGGAGUAACCACCUGAGAAAGAGGAGGGUUUCUGCUCCAGGGAGUGGAAACUUGGUGUGCCUUCAUCAUCAUCAUCAUCAUCGUCUUUUCUGCUGUUUGAAGUUCCCGCUGCCGUCGGACGCAUGCCGGAAUGACGCUCUCAGGAAUAUUCGUGACCACAUCUGAUGCUGUCCAACGACGGCUGAAGCUGUUGUAUUCAUGUUCCAGGGUUGCCAUUCAUGGCGCUAUAGCAGGGGUGGGCAAACUUUUUGACUCGUGGGCCACAAAGGGGUCUAAAAUUUGACAGAAGGACUGGAACAGGAACAGAUACGUGGAGUGUUUUUGGGAUAAAGAAAUAAGAUGGCAUUUGGACAAAAAACAGGCUUCAUUUUGAAAUUAAAAACUAAUGUACAGAGCGUUUGGGAGUUUCCAUUUCAAAACUUUCAACUCAUUUUAGUGCCAGUUGCAGCUAUGGAUUGACGUCCCUCUGGAAAAACGUAGAGAAAUGCUGCAUUCAUGUUUCUGUUGGAAUGAUCGGAAAAAUGACUCGAACGUGAGAAAAACAACAAAUCUUCCAACACCACGUGAAUUUUCUUCAUGUUAAGAAUUUUCUUUCUGUAGUGGGAGACGCCCGAGACACAGGGAAAAAAAUUAAACAAUAAUUAUGAUUAUGAAUUACAAUUUAUUCUAGUUUUGCGGCCAGAUUAAACAAUUUAAUGGGCCGCUUGUGGCCCCCGUAGUCUGUUCGCCCCUGAGCUCAAGAAAUUAUUCUUUCAGUAGCCGUUUUAUUUUGACAAAACCAAAGAUCAGAAAAGGCCCGUACAACAGCUUCCGCUUCAACCCUUUCAGAAUAAAAGACGCAGUAAAACGCUUUGAAGACGUUUGCGACAAACACCUCGGAGGAAUUUAAAACCAUUUUUAUAUAUAUAUAUAGUUGAUGAUCAAACACUUUAGGUUUGGAUUUUUUUAUUCAUGAAGAAAAUGGAGAUAAUCAGCUGUUUUAUUCUGAUUUUCUUUUUUCUAAAAUCUGAACCAAAGCUGUACCCAAUAAACUAAACUUAAUUUAUACAUUUACAGCAGAGCUUUCCUUUUUGUGAGCAUUUGUUUAAAACCAACGGAGUGAAACAAUCAAAUCUUAUUUGCGUGCAUUAAAAAAACUUUUGCAGGAUUGUGCA